AUGGCCUUUCAAUUAAUCAAACAUAUAUUCAACUUUUUCUAUCCCAACGAGACAGAGAAUCAAAAUGAUCCAGAUCGGCCGGGUCCGCUGCUGAGUUUUGGGGACCUCAUACCCUGCUAUGACCGCUCAGGCAAUGUAAUAGCUUAUCUUCCGGCCUCCGUGCAGACCGCUCAGCCAUCACAUGACCCUGCACACUCCGUCCCAAAUCCACCACCCCUCCCUCAACACAUGAAACACCACUCACAAGAGUUAUUCGAACUCUGCACGGACACAAAGUCUAUACCACGCCGACGUGCCCGAAGUGUUAGUCCUUCUGCAGCCCGAACAAAUCAACGCCGUGGUCUGGAUCAAUCCUCCAAUUCCCUACGUCCCAAAUCUGGCGGUGGAGAUGAGUUAUGGGACCCAUGGCCGGACGGUGACUUUGAAAGGUUAUUAACAUGGGAGGAGGUAUUAAGAACUGACAAUCUUAGCGAACAUUGGGCUUGUCAGCCAGGAGGAGGAGACAAGAGGGGGUCAGAGUCAGCACUUGCGUGGUCGCAAGGUAAAAAGACGAGACGUGUUUGCCUGGGUGUCAUUACUUGUGAUGAACCUACCUGUGAGGUAGUCACACGUCCGCAGACCCGCCGGGCUGGUAUCAUGGGACAACUCAAUGCAUCGUGCCUUUGUGGUAGUCAGCUCAAGCACAUCGACUGCGGUGUCACAUCAGUGUUGUAUUCAUUCAAAGGAGGCGUCUACUACAUUCACAAGGGCAUUCACCACCAUCCGAAACAAACUCACAUCUUGCAUCUAUCUCGUGACGAGCGGACAAGAUUUGAACAAAUAGUCUUCGAAAAUCCUGCUGCUGGCCCUGCGGCAUUAAUUGCUGGUCGCAACAGCAUUACUGGUACCCGUGAAUCUGUUUCAACGAUCUCCACAGUGCUUCUCAACCAGGACCGUGUCAAGGCCGAGCUGCAAGCACUACGGGGCAAGUCCACUCGAAACUUUGUUGAUGACUUCGCAGAAUUCCAGAAGAACCAUCCAGGAUAUGUUUUGUAUUCUCAAUUCGAAGCAGUCACUGUCGUUGUUGUUCAAACUCAAUUCAUGGUGUCACAACUGGUGACCGACUUCAUCGAGGACGAGGCUGUGAAUGGCAUUGUUUCGGAUGCAGCACAUGGGUUUUGGUACUCAUCUAAGGAUCUUCUCAUAAUUAGUUCGACAUAUUCUGCUUUGCUCGCAUGCUGGGUACCUGGACUCGUGACCUAUGCAAAUGGAGGUUCAGCCGAGCACUACCGAUUACAUUUUCUUGUCCUUUUCAAUUCCAUGGCAGAUGAAUGCGAGAAGCACGGGCGUGAAGUCAAUGAUGAACUGUUUGGCAAUGUUGUCGACUUCAGCGAGGCUGAACGAGUUGGGUUUACUCAAGCGUUCAUUAUGUUCUGGACCAAUCGUGAGGAUUCACGUUCUCAGGCUGAACUUGAAGAUGCAGCAGGAGCACUCCUCAAAGGCUGUCAGCAGCAUUACCGGUCUCAGGUCACACGUGUUAAAAAAAUCAGUGGAGUUAUUGACCCUGCCAAAGCGGACAACUUUCAGAGUCGUGCCCUGGCCCUGCUGUUGGUCUUGGAUAUGGACACUUUCAAGCAAAAGGUUGCAUCCCUUUUACGAGACUAUCCCAAGACAAAGCCAUGGCUAGAGUGGUGGCUUCGUGACAGCCAUGCCCAGAUGCUGUUCCCUCCUUUUCAGAAGAUGAAAACGGGUCUAUUCCAGGCAAUGCCAAACUCUACUAAUGCAGAAGAAGCGAUGCAUGCAAAGCUAUAUGCCACGGUCGGCAAGCGCUACAACUUGAUGGAGGGGCUGCUUUGCUUGCAGCUGGCCGAAGUGUGGGUGCUCCAAUUCGCUACGGAGCAGCCAAGAGCUGGCAAACCAAUCUACAAAUACAUGGUCGUACUCAUCCAGAAAGAGCACCACGAUCACAUCGGUCCAAGUCCAGAAAAAAUGAUGGACGCCCUCCUGAUACCUCGCGACAGCUUCUGAGAACUCAUUCAAAAUCUCGCGACAAGCAACAGGCUUCCAAAGAAGACUUAGAUUCUGAUUCUGACAAUUCGC